CUUGAAGAUGCUCCUCACUCUGGCUCUGUCCCCACCGCCCUCAAGGCCGAGACAAGCCCUUGCUGAAAGCUUCCAGGCUGCCUAUGUAUCCAAGCAUAGACAAGGAAUUCUUCAAGUCCUCCAAAGUCCAUCAUCUGUCCUUUCUCCCCACCUUCUUCACACUGGCUUUCUGUCCCUCAGCCCCACCAUGCCCUCCUCUUCUGCAGGGCCACCCUUGAGUGCCUCCUUAUAGAGGGGCUGUCCUUGACGAUGACGAAGGAGGUGAACUUACCAUGUCUUCUCCAUCAUUACCUUUCAUUCCCUUCAUAGUACGUAUCAAAAAUCUCUAAUGACCUUGUUUGGGUUCUCUGUUCAUUUACUCACUAACUCUGUGUCACCACUGAAAUGUGACUUCAUGAGGACAAACGUGGCCUGCUUCAAAGAGUACCUGCACAUCAUAGUCACUCAAUGAACCCCUGUGAGCAAGUGACUGACAGUGAAUGGGUUCAAGAAAAAUCCUUCUCCAUGCAUGUCUAUUCUGAAGAAAAGAAAACGCUGCCUUUACCCAAAAUAAAAACCUUUGUCUUUCUCUGAAAACUGUCUCCCAAAACUUUGGAGACCAAAACUAGGAAAGGAAGUCCCUUUCAGUAAACCAUUUCUGCUUUUCAUCCUGAAAAAAAAGCCAGCUGAAGGGGUAAACGGGGUGUUGGCUGGUUAUUUUACUGCUGAAGAGGGGGAAGACUAGGAAAAAAAAAGGGGAAGUGCAAGUUGGAACUCCAGGUUAAUUUCUCUAAAUGUUGACCCACACACCUAGAAGGAAGAUGUCAUUACUGGUGGCUCCUGCUGGCCCUGUGGGUGUCCGGGUGAAAACUGCCUGCCUUUCACAUAAAGGGGUUGGCGUCAAUUCAAUCAGCAGGCUGGCCUGGUUGCUGCUCCUGGACUCAUGUCUAAACAGGACUCGGCCUUCAGGCAACCACAGGGGCGGGGGUGUCUGCGGAUGGCAGCCCAAUCCCGGCAGCCUCGAGGUGGGGGAGGAUUCUGUUCCUUCUUAAGCUCCAGUAAUUCAAGGCAGGGCUAGAAAGUCAGACAGAGAGCCACCCCUCAGAUCUCCACCUGUCCUUCCACAGCCAGGAAGAAGAGUAUAGUCUGUCCCACAGCUAAGGAGCAGAGACCAGCCCCACACCUCUGCCACCACGCCACCCACACCCUGCCAGCAUGGCCAACCAGCUGACUGAGGAGCAAAUCGCUGAGUUCAAGGAGGCCUUCUCUCUGUUUGACAAGGAUGGGGAUGGCUGCAUCACCACCCAGGAGCUGGGCACUGUCAUGAGGUCCCUGGGCCAGAAUCCCACUGAGGCUGAGCUUCAGUGCAUGGUAAAUGAGAUCGACCGGGAUGGAAACGGCACAGUGGACUUCCCAGAAUUCUUGAGUAUGAUGGCCCGGAAGAUGAAAGACACAGACAGUGAGGAGGAGAUCCGGGAGGCCUUCCGCGUGUUCGACAAGGAUGGCAAUGGCUAUGUCAGUGCCUCUGAGCUGCGGCACGUGAUGACCAGGCUGGGGGAGAAGUUGAGUAAUGAGGAAGUGGAGGAGAUGAUCCGGACCGCAGACACGGAUGGAGAUGGGCAAGUGAACUAUGAGGAGUUUGUCCGUAUGCUGGUGUCCAAGUGAGGCUCAAGAGGGGCUGCUGCAGCUUGUCACCCAUCUGGCUGUGCCGUUGCCACCUUGUGCUGCAGUAAAAACCUCACUAAGGUUUCUCCUCCAUUCCCAGCUUCUUCUGGACACUGUUGUCUCAGGCAAAGUGGGUUCAAAUCUCACCUUUUCCAGCUUCUUUUCUGCUAACUGCCUACCUGCUCAUCUUGCAUGAUGCAAAAUACUGUCAUGCUGAGCAAACUGUACCUCUCCCAUGGCUCAAGGGUAGAAGUAGAAUGAGCUGUCUCUGUGUGGACAAAGAGCCAAAGGACUUGCAAAGUCUUCACUGCUGUACACCAGGAUGGGUCCAGUGACACUUUAGAACCUCUUGUGCAAACGCAGAACCAGGGGAACUGUAGCCUUCAGUCCAUGCCAGAAUUUCUUGGACUGAAGACUCCAUCUACUGUCACAUUUGAGCGACAUCUUGGCCUUGGAAUAGGGAAUGCUGAUAAAGACAGGCCACUGAGGUCAGGCCAGCUCAAAAAAUCUCUUCCUUCUACAUAGCACUUGCUUGCUCCAGUCUGUCUUUGCCAGAUCUCUGUGAUUCAUCUUUUGAAGUUAGGAGUAAAACUGGGAUCAGUUGUAACAUGUUUAUAUUCAUCUAGAAGGGGAGAAAUUUGAAUGAAAAGGAGAGGGAAACUGCAAGAAAUAAGACACUGGCAUUCCUAUUUUGUUUCCUUGUUUCUGAUUCUAACUGUAAUGAACCUGUUAAAUCCAGGGCAUAAAUCAGACUGAAAUCUCCA